AGCAUUAAAUAUCAAAAUGUGAAAAUAUAAAAAGUACGAAAAUUUUUAAAAUAUUAAAUAAAUAAUAAAAAAAUAUUAAAAAUUCUAAAAAGCUAUAAUUAAAUUCGGAAAAUAAAUGUCUAUACCAGUUUGUCAGCAUAUAGGUAAGCUCAGAAACGAGUGUGAACACGCAUACGGUUCUGCUAAUAGUUAUACGAGAAGACAUUAUGAAGACCCCGACUAUGUGGAUGAGAAUGCAUGGGAAUUCAUACGCACGUUCAGCGAUCAGACGCAUAAAAACUAUUUGUUAGCACGUCACUUGAAGGCCACUUCGAAUGGGCAGUGGAAAACAUUGCAAUGGCUUAUGCAAGGAGAUCUGGAUGCGGUCUUAGACAAGCGUAUGGCCCACAAGACAUCAGGAACAGGUGUAAGAACCGCGAGGGCUGGUGAAUGUUGUGACGACUCAACAAGGACGGAUAAGUCAAUAUUCGUGCCACUCACGAGCUAUUUUGGUCCGGAAAGAAUUGAAGAAUUUGUCGCACAGGGGCAGGGUUCCCAGCAUCUUUUGGAUUUCGCUGUGAAGAAAAUGAAAAAUGAGAAAUUGGAUAUGGAUGUUCACGCUAAUGAAAACAAAAAUAUAGAAACAUUUCCAGAUAAUGAUCCGAAUCGCAUAAAGUAUGGAAAUAAGAUUACAGACAUGCUAAUGAAGCGCGCUCUAGGCACUACCGGAUUUGCGCGUAUUGAUGAUGAUCUCGAGCGCGUUGGCCGCAAGAGAUACGGACUAGAAUUGGAGCGCAUAGGUCGUAUUAAAAGCAUUACCGAAUUGAAGCACCGUCCAACAGCUGAUUAUUUCACAAAUUACCAGCGAAAUGCAGAGAAGAAUCAAAUGAAAAAUUUCAUAAAAACUAUCGACCAAUUCUAUACAAGUGCUGUCGAACCGCAGCCUACGGAUGUAGACAGUAUCGAAAGGUUGACGCAAACACUAGAAGAGGAAUUCUAUAGAACUUUCUCAUAUCACAGACCCUCAUACGGAAAACGGGAUCCAUCAAAGCUUCGUCUGUCUGCGAUUAUCAGAAUGUUAAAGAGUAUGCCGGGCUAUGCAGCUUUCCAUAGUGUCUUGUAUCAUGAGCCAUUUGAUCGCGACAAACCAUGGACCUGGAUGCGGACUUUCCCGAAACGUAUACCCAAUGAGUAUUUAAAGAGAAUAUCCGAAAAUAUAUUAAACGAUAUGAAAAAGUGGAAACGCCAACAAAAGAUUAUUGCCAUGACAUAUUCCAAAGGCAAACGAGUUAUAGAUAUUACAAAAAAUAAGCGACAGCAGAAGAAACGUGGACGGCGGAAUGUGAAAACCCGAAACCAAAACGAAGACUUGGACGAUGACGAUGAUAUUUAAGUGUGCGAAGUUCCACACUAUGCGCGGGGUUGUGAUUAGAGGUUGAAAGCGUUUUUUUCUUUUGCAUCACUCGAAAAGUUUUGGGACUAAAAUUCUACAGUUGCGAUUUUUUGAGACAAAAAUCUUUCUGACUCUAUGUUCAUGUGUUCAAAAAAUGACCAUUCCCAAAAAAAUGUGGAAUAGUAAUUUUUGGGAAAAAGUUUUUGAGACUUUUUAAGUCAAAAUGCUUGGAAAAACAUUAGUCUUUAAACACCAUAUUAUUGAUCAUUUAAAAAGCAUUUAAACUGUUUAGGAAUAGAGAUAUAUAAUUUUUGGACAUACAUUUUUGAAUAGACUUUUUUGGAACACAAUUCUAAACUGAAAUUUUUAACCGAAGUUCGAUUUUUCAGUAGAUACUUUUUGGGUCAACGAAGCCUUCUCACUUCUACCUAAUAUUGAAAACGGGGUUUAUGGAUAUAUUUUAGAACCAACUUGUUUUCUUGAAUUCUUAUGAACCUAUAGCAGGUUAAUGUGACGAAAAUUAAGAAUAUGAAACAAAUGACAUUUUCGUAGAACUGUUUGUAUAUUUCAUAAUUCGAAAUUUUCAUAAUUAAAAUAAAAAAAAUUGUUUACGUUUCUAAAAAAUUGGAUUAAAUUUAAUAAAAACCCCAUAUAUACCCUACUUUUCUCGCUGGCAUCUGGCGGUAAGUGAUUGAACAUGUGCACGCGCCGAAAGCUCGUGGACGAACACCUUAGAUGCGCUCGCAGAAAUAAAUAUUCGCGCAGACAGCAAGGCAAGUCAGCGAAUGUCAGUGCAGACAAGGCGAAUUGCUUAAAGACUGCAUGUAUUGAUGAAAGUCGACAGCGUCCCUUACAAGCCACGACGCGUUUAACGACAUCAACACAGUCCCGACCGCAAAAAAUGCGGCAUAAAACUGGUUUCCAGAAGAGAUUAGUCAAGAAACGGCGCAAAAAGCGUCGAGCCAAAUGUAAAAAUAAGAUUAAAGAGGCACCUUCUAUACCGUUUACCGCCUGUUUCGCCGCUGAUGGACGAUGUGUCCCGUGUAGCGGUGCGUUUGAUGAAGAUUGUAAGAUUAACUGGAGACCGUUGGGUCAUGCUUUACGAGCCGCCUGCACUCUGUCGCCAGUACGGGGCGCUGGCGGCUGCUCCGGGUUUCAAAGAUCACAACCCAAACCCAGCGCACCGCAGUCUCCCGCUGCAUUUCUAGAUCAGCAAAAAGUUAGGGUGGCCGCUGAACCCAGUUAUAGAGCCAAUAUCAGUUAUCGGUCGAAUAAUUGGAAGCCAGCUGCACAGGUUGUGAGAACUACACGUGCUUCCAGGAGUAAAGGUGGCGCUGUUGUCACUGGACUUUGUACUCGAAACAAACUUGCUUGUCCCCAAGCAGCAUCAAAUAGUAAUCGCGGUUUGGAAGAAGCUUGCAACCCAUAUAUUGGUCUAUUGUACACCAAAGAAGAGACAUAUAAAAGUUGUCCUCAAACCUGGAACACUGUAAACUACAGAAGAGCGCACGGUGAUCGGAGAGUUUCUUCCGCUUGGAGAGCAAAGCAAACAACGGCAAAAGAGAAUCAAGAGUUCGCAUGGCUAAUCAAUCAGUUAUCUAGUCAUUAUACCUACGUAAAUGAAGACGAUGCCAUAAAAGAGUACGAAAUGCAAAAUAGAAUGUUGCAGGACUUGACAUCGUCGACAAUGUACCAAGAGCCUUAUUUGGAGAAUCCUUUGACUUGGAUGUCGGUUUUACCCACCAAUGUUGUCAAUAAAUAUCUAAGACGUUACUCUGAUUGAUGGAAGUAUCAAGGGCAUGGAAAUAAAAUGGAGGUACAAGCAGUUUUCAUAUUUCGGAAACUCUUAGAAUCCGAAUUUCGAGUAUAUUUGGGAUAUCAAUCGAUCAAAAUAAAAAUAUACCUAAUUGGAAAUGGGACCAAAAUUUUGGGACAAAAAAAUUGCUUUCUUAAAAUAUCGAGAAAUUUUUAUGAGACAGGACGUUUUAUAGAUGAAGGAACUUUCUGGGACAAGUACUCGACAACAAAAAAUUUGAAAUUUUGUAUAUUGCGCACACUGUUUUGAAACAUUAUUUUUCAUAUUGGCAACUCUUGAUUUAAGUUGAAUUUUCCGAGUUCGUUUGGCAACCCUUAAAUAUUAUUUUCGGAGUUUCAAAAAAUAUUUUCAACAAAUGUUUUCAUAAACUCCAAAAUAUUUGGCUCAUACAUUUGGAAAAUCUUAGAAAAAAUUCAAAAUUAUAAGUUAUCAUGUCAGUUCCAAUUUGCCGAUCAUGCUGCGCGAAGACUGGACGAACCGUUUUAAUAAACAGUUUAAGCAAGUGUCCAGAUACCGGUCAAAGUAAUAGGCAAUUUUCAAAGCAUCCCAACCAAAUUAGUAGAGAUGAAUGGAACUUCAUACGUAACUUUGGAAACGAAAUGUACAAAAACUAUCUGCUAAUGCGAAGCCUCAAGAAGGAUAAAACGUGUAAUUCAAGGCUUUCACAAGGUCUGCGCCCGGCUACUGCUGGAAAAUUCGUACCAGAAAAGACGGCGAAAAAGGCGGUUAAAAAGAGCAGACUAAAGGUCUUGCCGAGUAUACCAUUUAUACAUAAUUUCGAUUUUUUGAAGAAACUUAAUUUCGUCGUCGGUGCGGGUGCCGGUGCCGCUCAACUAAGCAUACCUCUAAAGGCGCAACAGCUAAGGACAUAUGAAGAUAGUAGUGGCGGAAAACUUCGAGCCGCUGGUAAAUUUCCAAAGAUUGCUACAACGGUGUCCCAACCGUUCUACAAAUUAGCUAGUGGCGGACCGGUAAACGCUGCCAGCCCGGUGCUCGAUCGCCUCCCUGCAGUUGGAAGAGUGCACGCAAAUUGGUUUGGACAUGACAUCGGAUAUAAAAUGGCGCCUGGAACUGGAGCUGUCGCACUCGAUUUCGUAACAAGUCCGACAGCUGCACUUACAGGACAACGUAAUGAAGCGUUGGAAUCUAAAAUACCCAAAGAGGGUUUUAGAACCAAAACGUCAACAAAGACUAAAGAUCCACGUGGGAUUGGUUUCGUUAGCAAAUAUAGAGCUUUCGGUUAUUCCGAUGGACAAGAGCGAAAUUUGAGAUAUUAUGAUUUAAUGCGUAUGGAAAGUUUUAGACGAAAACGAGCGGAUCUCUUAAAGUACGGCUUUGCACCCGGUAUUAUGAGAGAUUUUGGACUUCCAAUGUACACAGGUGAAGUGCCAGACGAAUUAGGGUACGUAGAAGAUGAUGCUGCAUAUAUACAGCACAUUGAUCACCUAGAUCCAGAAUCUUUUCGGUAUGCGGCGGAUACGCGUCAAAAUUAUUUGAAUCCCAACGAUGGUGACAUUGGCGACUGUAAGUCGCUAUUUCCUCCCCAAGGUAAAACACCUAUAAAUGCUGCUCGUCUAGGUAAUAAAGAAGCUAUUAAGUAUUUAACACGCAUUGGAGUUCUCCCGGAAGCAAAUGUCAAGGGAACUGUGGAUGGGUCACAGAGUACAAAAGCGAGAUCCACUGGUGGUCUUACUAACGAUAGACACAGUAAAUAUGUCCCAUUUGUUGAAUUUCCUCGACAGGCAUUACAUAGUGACCUUGAAGAUAUGGAAGCGUAUGAAUAUCUAAGGCAUUUUGGUGGCCAUCUGCAUGGAAAUUUCGCGAGAACAACAAGUGGUUUAAGAGAGUUUGAAGAUUCUAACUAUUUACGACAUACUGCUGAUCUUCAGCGAGAUUCUAUGGCUGAUGCUGCUGGAAUGUUUGACAGCGCAAUGCCUUCCAAAUAUUUGCUGUAUGGAGGCGAACCACGUCAAAGUAAAAAGGCGGAUUAUUACAAACAAUUCAGACAGUUUGGAGACCCGCGGCAUGGAACUUUUGUAGGCACUGCUGGCUUGGGUUACGUGGAUGAAUUUGAUUACCCGUAUCGUACUGUGGAACCUCGCCUAGUUGAUAUGAUGGGUCCUGCAUACGGUAUGGGAGAUGUUGAAGCAACUCGAUAUUUGAAAGACACCGGAGACAGGUCUGGCGAGUUUGAGCGUCGCAAAUAUACUAGUCGUACGCAAGCAAAUGUUUCUGCAGCUGCUACAGCCUCAAAAUAUAUUGGAAAUUCUGGUUACUUAAGAGAAAAUAGAAUACAUCGUCGUAGAAAAGUUGGUCCAUUUACGAACAAAAAAUUUGCAAGGUAUCUGGGACAGACUGGAGUUCCUGGUAUUGUUGGUGCUACUGGUGGUCGUGAUAAUUUUACGAACAAAAAAUUUGCAAGAUAUCCGGUACAGCCUGGAGUUCCUGGUAUUGUUGGUGCUACUGGUGGUCGUAAUAGCUUUGAAGUAAUAAAAAGACCUUCUAUAAAUUUAAGAACGAGUCAAACGGUUCGUCGAGAAACUGGUUUCUUUACCCAAGAACCACCACGGUAUAUACGACACACCCUAAUACCACGACGUGAGGAUUCAAGUGGAAUUGAAGCUGAUUUGGCAUACAUUAGAGAGAAGCGCUUACAUAAACAAUCUAAAACAGCGGCAGAAGGACCUUUAAUGCACACUAGAUUUCCCGGAUAUGAGGGACGUACUUUUGGAACUUUACCGGCAAAAGCUGGACUUGGAAGUAUAAGACGUUCUUUUAUUCCUUAUACUCAAACACGUAGAUUUGGAAGUUUUCCUGGUUAUAACUUCAGGGACCCUCGGUUUUCAAGAUACUCUAGACCACCUCGUCAGGGUACAAUAAAUGACUUCCGAUACGGCGAAGCUGCUAAAAAUAUGAGAAGUUUCAGGAUGCCUUUCCAAAGACCACCUUAUUUAGAUUAUUUUCGAGAUUCUACUUAUUCAAGACAUCCUAUGAUACGUCGCCGAAAAAGAUUUACAAGAUAUGGAGACAAAAUCUCACAGAAUUUCGAAGCAAAUUCCUUUGGGGGAGAUCCUUAUGGAAUGGGUUAUUUUGAAACACCUAGUGGAAAUAUUCAAACUGAUCCACUUUUAGGUAGUCGUUUCGGUAAGCAACUACGAAAAUCUGAAAAGAAUGUGGAUCAAGAAAAUGAAAAUAUGCAAAUAUUGGCCGAUUUUUUAGCACAAGAACAAGAAGGCUAUAUUUAUGAUCCCGGCUACACAGGACAUUUUCAUCCAUUUUACAGUAGAUACAAGGACUCUGUUAAUUAUGGCCUGAACGAAUUACAUCAGCUCAAUACAGUUAUACUUAGCCCAGAAGAACAACGGGAACGUGAUAGCGCGCGACUAAAAAGUCUGAACUUAUUUUAUAAUAUAAUAAACUUCCCAGACAUGGAAAUGGAGGUUUUAGUGCCGGAAGACACUACCUCCUUUGAUUAUGACAGAGAGGCAAAAUUGGCACAUAUUGAAGAAAAGAAGCUCUCUUUAAUACAUGUGGCGAAGCUCUUAAAAGGUGAUCGCAAGAGGAGAUUCUUUCCAGUUGUCUUCCAUGAACCAUUUGAUAAAGAGAAACCCUGGACAUGGAUACAGAACUUCCCUAUAAGAAUUCCAAAUGAAGUUUUAAAACGGCUCCCGGCGCACUUAUUGCAAUCCCUAAAAACUUGGCAACGUCAGCAAGCACUUAUGUGGGAGAAACCUAUAGAAGAAAUCCCACUGACAUUAAAGCGUGAUAAAAAAAGACGGCGUGGAAGCAAAUAAUGUCUUUCUUAUACAAUAAUGUUCCACAAAAUAUAUUUCAAAUUAUGCCUGUU